AUGGUUCUAAGAGACAGCGUACUAUUGCUAGCGAUCAUCUUGGCAGCCGGCUGCCGGGCGGUUCAACCAGACGCCUUGGUGUUGCACAAGUCCGCGAUCGUCAUCGAUACACAUUCGGAUUUUUUAGAUCGCACCGCGAUUGAUGGCCUGUCGUUGACCGACGAUGUUGCCGGCGCACAAACCACUCUGUCGCAACUUAGAGCGGGAUAUAUUGACGCUCAGUUUUUCUCGGUUUUUGUCCCGCCCGCCUAUUCGCAAUACGGUUUCAAGCGGCGUACCGAUGAAUUGAUCGACCGGUUGGAAGAAGAGGUCAAUCAAAAUGCGGAAUCUAUAGAGUUGGUUACCAGCGUUGCCGGUAUUGAGCAGCUUGCCAACAGCGGCAAGGUCGCCGCGCUGCUGGGUAUCGAAGGCGGCCACUCAAUCGAGGCUGAGAUCGCUAACGUUGAUCAUUUUUAUGAUCGCGGCGUUCGCUACAUGACACUGACGUGGUCGAACACCAAUCAAUGGGCGGAUUCGUCGGGCGACGAGCCCAGAUGGGGCGGGUUAAACGAGACCGGCCGAGCGGUUGUCAGACGAAUGAACAAGCUCGGCAUGAUGGUGGACAUCAGCCACGUGUCCGACGACACUUUCCACGACGUGAUGGCGACCACAACCUCCCCGGUCAUUGCCUCUCACUCCAGCGCGCGGGCGCUGAUGAAACAUAAGCGCAAUAUGAGCGAUCGAAUGAUCGAAGCGGUUGGGAAGAACGGUGGUGUUAUACAAGUAAAUUUCUAUUCCAAACAUCUGGAUCAGGCAUUUGCCGAUCAGUUCAACGCAGCGAUGGAAAAGAACAGUGCGAAGUAUCAGGCACUGGCCGAGCAAUACUCAGAUGAUCCGGUUGAGCAGGACAAGCAGCUGUGGGCGUUUGAAAAAGCAUUGGAAUACCAGCUUACCCCGCCGCCUGCCUCGAUGAUUGUUGAUCAUAUUGAUCACAUUGUGAAGGUAGCUGGAAUAGAUCAUGUUGGAUUGGGUAGCGAUUUCGACGGCAUGGGCGCGCCGCCUGCUGGUAUGGAGCAUGUGGGAAAAAUGCCUAACAUCACGAAAGAGUUAGUCAAGCGCGGCUAUGGCGCCCAAGACAUCCGAAAAAUUCUAGGUGGCAAUCUCAUGCGGGUAUUGGCCGAGAACGAACGGCUGGCGAAAUAA